AUGAAAACAUACCAAGAACCAGGAUCUCUGGUGUUCGCCCAGAUCGUCCAAGACAUCAGGGACACCACUUUGGCCACCUCUGAGAGCGUAACGGACUUCGCCAACAAACUCCGCCGGCUCAACAACGAGGCAGAACGAGUGGGAGCCCACUGUAAGCUCCCGGAGACCUGGAUGGUCCAGAUGUUCAUUCGAGGACUCGAUGAAGAAUUCGAGAGUUUCAUUACCAGUUUUUGCCUGAGUCACUCGAUCGUGGGCGAAGGAGGCUCAGCCCCCGUCACCUUUGACCUAAUCGUCAAAAAGGCCUCCGAACACGAGAACCUUGUCCGCAACUUGGCCGCCUUUCGCGCCCGAGCUGCUGCUGUCAAGGUCACCGCUACCAGACAAAAAUGA